AUGGUGAGACCAUAUCUGAUCAUACGCCCCGUUCAGCAGCUGUCUACGCAGCUCUUUUAUGGCAAGAGGGCGACUGUUGUGCCAGCCCACCCCAGCAUCAGUGAUGAUGAGGGCUCUGAGGAGGAAGAUGAUGAUGUGGCAGACCCUGACUUCCUCCCACCCACCCACAACCUAGACACUCCAGGCCCGAGUGAUAUAGGCCCCUCUGCCAAGAGGAAGUGUGUGCAGCCUGCAUUGGAGGUGCUUGAAGAAGAUGAUGAUGAUGAUGAUGAUGACGAUGAUGGAGAGCCAGCACCACAAGCAAAGAGGCAAACUAAGAAGGAGAAGCCAGCAGCCCGGCUAACCACCUGGAGGAAGGCUGACCUGGACAACCCCGCCCUGCCUGAGUACCAGCACUGUCCCCCAGACUUCAUUGAUACUCCAUUUCAGUACUUCAGCAGGUACUUCAGCCCCCAAAUCAUAAAGCACAUAACUUACCAGACCAACUUGUAUGCAACCCAGAAGAACAUCAACACCACCUUCACCACCACUGAAGACGAGAUGAUGAACUUUGUGGCUAUCCUGAUGUACAUGGGGAUUGCUGAGCUGCCUGCCGUCGAAGACUACUGGGCAAUGGAGACCAGGGUCCCUCAAGUCGCAAACCUCAUGUCAUCGAAGAGGUUCAGGCUGAUGAAGAGGCUUGUCCUCUUCAACGACAACACCCAGAUCCCUGGCACCAUCGACAGAUUCUUCAAGGUGCAGCCACUGUUCAGUCAUCUGAAUGCUGUCUUCAGGAGUGAGCCACAGACCCCCAAGCAGUCUGUGGAUGAGGUCAUGGUUGCCUACAAAGGCAAGACAGCUGGCAACCUGAGGCAGUACAUAAAGAACAAGCCAGACAAAUGGGGAUUCAAGUUGUUUGCUAGGGCUUCUGAGGAUGGCUUCAUCCAUGACAUGGUGCUGUAUCAAGGGAAGAAUACGCUGGAGGCCCACGGUGUUCCACUGACACCUGAACAAACAGCCAUGGGUGUCACCAGCCAGAUAGUCUCCGUCCUAGCCAGCACCAUGUCCUCCUCCACCACCACAGCCAUCUUUGCGGACAACUUCUUCACCAGCCUGGAGAUAGUGCGGUACCUCAAGGACAAGAACUGCAGGUACACGGGGACAGCCAGGGACAACAGAAUAGGCAGGCCUCCACUCAAAAUAAUCAAGGAAAUGGAGAAUAAGGCUGUCCCUCGUGGUACGUAUGACUACGUCACCAUUGACGAUGGGAUCCUGGCCCUCAGGUGGAAGGACAAUAGGAUCGUCACUCUGCUGUCAACAGACAUGGGGGCAGAGCCCAUUUCCUCAGUCCACAGGUACUGCAGUGAAACUAAGAGGAAGGAACAAGUAAGCUGCCCUGCUGUCAUCAAAAGUUACAAUGCCAACAUGGGGGGCAUUGACAAGAGUGACAUGCUGGUCCAUCUCUACCGCACCCCCAUGAAAUCCAAGAGGUGGUACAUGCGACUGUUUGCCUACUCUGUGGAUGUCAGCCUCACGAAUGCCUGGGUUUUCUACAGGCGGGACUGUAAGGCUAUUGGCCUUGAGGUUGGCCUGUCUUUAAAAAUUUUUAGAAUCCAGGUGUUCAAGGAAGCCAGCAGCCAGAGGCCAGUCACAUCACAUCCCCGAAGGAGCUCAGCAUUUCCAGGCAGCCUCAGCACUUCUGUUGACAUCCCCACACCUGUCCGGGGACACUGCAGCCACAAUCCAGAGAGUUCUGUGCGGUUUGACAUGUCCCUGUUCCACGCCCCUGUUUACACUAACCGCUAG